GGGAGGAGGGUGGAGGUGGGGGGAAUGGUCCAUCCAAUCAUACGGCACUCUGGGACGCCACAGAAAGCCUACUCAUCAUAUUGCUGUGCUGUCCAACAGACAGAGUGACACGGGGUGAGACAAAGGCUGAUUAGAGUCAGUGCAAGUAAAUUACACAGCAAUUGAAAACAUAAAUAAAUAAUUUCUCACACCCUUUGCAGACUCAGUCACGUGUCUUAACUCCCGAGCCUGCUGUUGAAACAACAUUUUUCCAUUAUCACUGCUGUUGUGUCACUAUAAUAUAGUAGUUACACGUGCAUCAGUAGCUCUGUCACGUAGCCUUGGCUACGUGCUUGCGGGUCCAGUCUUCUCUACCCCUACAGGAUAUUUUGCCACUUUGCUGCAGCCUGCAUCUGAGGUGUAGCAGCUCUUCGCACAGGGCAAAAAUGAGCAGCAGCAUCAACAGGUUAAGUGGCACCGAGACCACCCAUCCAGAUGCUUGGCCCAGAAGCCCAGCUCCUCUGAACAUGAACCACUAUGCCAAUAAGAAGAGUGCAGCUGAGAGUAUGCUGGAUGUGGCCCUGCUGAUGGCCAAUGCCUCCCAGCUAAAAGCUGUCCUGGAGCAGGGUCCAAGCUUCCACUUUUACACCCCCACCAUCACCCUAAUCAGCAUCUCUCUGUGUCUACAGAUCACAGUCGGGGUCCUGCUUAUCUUCAUAGUUCGAUGGAACCUGAAUGAUGAGCAAAAACACCAGAGGCUGAACUUCAUGGAAAACUUGGCUACAGGUCUGGUGUUCAUCAUCGUGGUGGUCAACGUCUUCAUCACAGCUUUUGGAGUCCAUCGAACAAAUUACAGCAACUGACCACGCACACACACACAGGCACAUCUCUGUAUGUGUGUAUGCAUUAUUUUCACAGUCUUUCACUGCUCCCCUCUCUCUUUUCAAACAGGUAUUUUCUCUCCUGCCUUACUCUGCAGUUUGCUCCUAAAAACUUUCAUGUCGUCAGCAUGUUUUUGCUCUACUCCUCUUCUGACCGGACCUUCACAAUCACCUACAUGACCUACAAACACAGUGACCUCUCCAGGCUCGCAGAGAAAUUUCCACCAGAAAACAACUCAAACAAAAUACACAGCUGUUCAUUUACCAGAAAAUCAUUGUCCUGCAUGGCUGCAGGCACAGAGAGAAAAUAGCGAACAAGAGAGAAACAGCGUAGCGACAAAGAGGUCUGGUACGUAAACAACACAACAUUUGUUCUGAAUGGACAAACAGGAAAGUGGAGACAGCAGCAGUCAGGACCAUGUGACCUCAUGCUGUCUGUCUCCUAUGCUGUCCGACAGUGACCCGACGCACUAGCCAGACAUGGAUGCACAGUCUCACACACACACCUGAACACUCUUUAAUUUUUAAUUGCACCAAUGACGUUUGAUCAUGUUUAACGGGUGUGCUGAGCACAUGUAUGCAGCACAGGGCAGGCCUCAUCCGCCUCAAAACCACUACCCACCUCCACAGCUUUAACUUUACUAUCAACUCUACCCCACAGGUGUCAUGCCUAACAUUCAGUUAUAACAGUGUUUGGUUGUGCUAUGAAUCCCUCUGUGACGAGCAAAGCCGGACUUUGUUUGUGGUUCUUUGGACCAGAAGUAGCUGGUGAGUCAGAGUCAACAGAGCACAGACCCCGGCAGAACUACUUGUUAAAACAGAAGCCUUAAUUAGGCAGCAAUGCCACUGAAACCCCAAUUAGAGCACAAGCAAAUGCUCAUUUUAUACACUUGAGUGGUUUGACAUAAAUAUCCAGUAAAGAAAAUUUGAGGCUGUUUCACAUAAUUAUCAGCUAAAAACCUUAAUCGCAUUCAUGCAGCUAUCUAUAAUUUCUCCAAGGUGGUUGUGAGGAUGCACCUUUCAGAUGGCAAAACGUCGCAAUCUCAUCCUUUUCCUCCCCUACAACUAUCAUUGGUAACCGUGGAAACAGCCACACUGAGAGCCAGAUUUGAUGAUACACACAGCUUCACUUGGAGGAGAUCUGUAGAUUGCCAUGGAUAUACAUAAUGUAUAUCCAUGGCUCCUACCGCUCUGUCUUGAAGUUUAACAAAGUGACUCUGUGGGGGCUGCGCAUCAGAGGAUGCUGAUGAUCAACGAGGACUUUUAGUUCCUUUGAAGCGAGUGUAUUAAUAGCUCUCUCGUGGGAAUGUGGAUGCCAGAGUGUGAACUGAACAAUCACUCUGGUGACAUUUCCAGCCCCCUUUAGCACCUCCCAAUUCCUCCUCCCUCUCUCUUUGACUCCCCUCUCAUCUGUUGCUCUCACUUCACAGGGAAGACAGUAGCAGAAAAAUGCUGCCGAGUGCAGAUAAUCUCCUGAGAUCAGACACCUCUGCUCUGCUGCUGUGAUGUAGACCUUACCUCUGAUGUGACUACUUUCCUGCACAUUGUUUAUUACAAGAAACAGAGAGCAUUCAAAUGCACCCAUCAGGGUAUUUCAAAGGCAUUCUAGCUAGCAGCAUUUAAUAGAGCAUUUAAUCAAGUUAGCUUAACUCAUUCAACCAAAUUGAUUGCCAUUAUUCAUUAAUGAGGUCUGAUCCCUGCUUCCCAUUGUCAUUGUUAUAGCACGCUUGAAUAUUUUUCUGUUUUUGUGUGUGUGUGUGUAUGAGUGAGGAAGUAGUGCCCUCUAGUGUAUGUGUUGCUGCUGUUGAAUCAAUUAGAUGAAUAAUUUAACAUAAUCUCCAUUUCAUGAUGACAGUGCAGUGAACAGUGCCAGAAACUAACCCGGAAAAGCUAAUCAAUGCACUCCUAAUUACCUUUAAUUCCCCUUUGUUGCUACACUACGGCAACAUAUACAGCAUUUAAUUAAUGAUGUUCCCAUUUCUACAAAGAUCUUUGUCAAAUAUUUGUUGCACAAGACUAAAAAUGAGAUGCAAACACAGGUGAUCCAAAUUUGCUGUGCUUUAUUUGAAAAUAAGUAACACUAUUAGAGUGCCCUUUAUUUUGCAAAUUUCAUAAAAGGCACUGGAAGUGGGCUAAGGUGUGAGCAUACAUGUAUUUGUUGUGUAUUUAAAAAAAAAGAAAAUCUUUGUUGUGAAAUGCGUUAACAAACGGAGCAAUGAAAAAAUCAAGUUGUUAAAUUAAGUGCAAACCAAGAGCCUUCCCACACAGAUGCUCCUACUUGAAGCUCUCCUCAAAAUACACUUCAUU